UAUCAAUUGGAAGAAUUAAAAAGUGAAGGCUGGGAACCAGGUCAGUCAUUCCAAUCAAAAAGGCCGAGAACUAUGGUGAAUGAAGAUGAUGAAAAACAAGAAGAGGAAUCUUCAGCAAAACGUCGGCAAUUCUAG